AUGGGUGUAAUUGCAACUUAUAACAAGGAACAAGUAACAGGUGAGAUGACGACCAAUAAACCAAAAGAACGACAGUUUCAGCUUGUUCCUGUUCCUGGGACUUUUACGCGUGGACGUUGGAAGUGUUGGGAUUACAAAGACAAAUCAUCAGAGACUCCAAAAAUAAUCGAUUUCACUGAUAAAUCUGAAAAACAUUCAGGAUCAAUCGUUAUUGGAGACAGCUCACUUGGACAUCGUGUUUUUAAUUUGGCGCAUACAGAUGCGACAGCUGAACCAAAUUUAAUGAAAACAGAGACGAGCAUCUCAGCAAAAUCGCAUCCUAUUGAUGUGCCAAAUCCGAUUAAAGAAUCUAGUACAAUUGUUGUUACAUCUAUUGCUCCUUCAUCAGUUACCCCAGUGAAUGGCACUCCAUCUUCUCCAAAUAUUUCUCCUGUAAUUAUUAAUGCAGCUAAAGUUGAAACAAAGGCAAGAAAUGUUGCUAUUGGUGGUGGUGACAAUACUAUUGCUCACGAGAAAUCAUUUCACCAAUCAACACCUGCAGCAUCCACUCAUCUGAAAGCAACUGCAACCGUAACUGCAGGAAACGUAGCACAAGGCUCUCACGUAAUCAUUAAUAUAUCGGAAGCAUCAGAUUCUAAUAGUGUAAUGCAGCCAUCGUUGUCUUCCGAGACAGUCAUUGUAAAUGUGCCAUCUGCAGCAGCCGAAUUUGAAGAUUCGUAA